AAGUGACUAUUAUGUUUGGGACAUAUUGGAAAAAAAAGUCAUAUAUUUUUGGAUGCAUCCUUUUGCUCUGUAAACUUUUUGCAUUCCACUAAUAUUUACUCAAAUUCAUUCUCAAAUUUCUUUAUAAAUAUAUGUUGGCGUGAAGAUGAAUUCAGGAGCAGCAGAAGAUAAUAAAGACUCAGAAAUUAUUACGAAUAAGUCUAUAAAACGAAAUCGCGAUAGCAGCAAGCAUCCUGUUUUUAGAGGAGUUCGAAUGAGGAAUUGGGGAAAAUGGGUAUCAGAAAUCCGCGAGCCACGUAAGAAAUCACGUAUUUGGCUUGGGACUUUCCCAAAUCCAGAAAUGGCAGCUAGAGCUCAUGACGUGGCAGCUUUAAGCAUAAAAGGUAAUUCAGCUAUACUCAACUUUCCUGAAUUAGCUGGUUUACUUCCUAGACCGGUCACACUUAGUCCGCGUGACAUUCAAGCAGCAGCAGCUAAAGCAGCAGCAAUGGACAAGUUCGAUGAUAUUAAUAUGAAUAACAAUAAUAAUAUUACUUCAUCUUCUUCUUCAUCAUCAUCAUCAUCAUUAUCAUCGUUGGUAUCGGCGAUAGAUUUGGCAACGUCAGAGGAAUUGACACAAAUAAUUGAACUGCCGAGACUAGGGACGGAUUUUUUCGGGGACGAAUUGAAGAAUGAUUUUGUUUUUGCUGAUUGUUCAGCUGUGGAAACAGGCUGGUUAUAUCCUGAAGAUGGAGGAAUGAUUUCAACCUGUUUUGAGCCUUCGUUGUUGUGGAAUUACUAAUUACUAAUUUUAAGUAAAAUCACGACCUAUCAUGUAAGAAUUUGUGUGGACUGUGGAUUUCUUUUUCUUUUUUUGGUGGUUGUAUAAAAGAAAGUUUUAAGCCUUUUUCUUCAAUUUUUCUGUAGAGGGGCUAAAAAGACUUUUCAUUUCCCAUUUUCCUUUUUGUGUAACUUAAUUUCUCUUCUUCAAUAAAUCUAACUGUACAGUGUUAUUAGGAAGGGAAGAAUGAAAAGUGUCAUAAAUGCAUGCCUUGUCAAUGUUGGUCUACUGACCUAUCUGAUCUCCCUCUUUCACCUUCUACUCUUUUAAAUGAGUGAUGUUAACUGUUGAGCCAAUGCUAUAUAUAUAAAAACAAUGAAUAGACUACA